CGAAUUGCUCCUCUAUUAUUGUUUUUGUUUGCGCAUUGAUUGAAUUGAAUUGAAUAGAGCGGAAGCCUGUUUUUAAAAAAGACAAAGAAACCAGCAUUUUCAAGAUGCCCCGCUUGGUCAACGGAAGAGAGGCCGCACCCACGUACUCGAAUUUGGUCGGCUUCAUAUUCAUCUUCAAUCUUAUUGUGGGAACUGGAGCUUUAACUCUGCCUGGUGUUUUCGCCAAGGCGGGGUGGAUGCUGAGCUUGAUUGUUAUCGUGCUGUUAGCCAUAGUCAGCUACAUGACCGUCACUUUUAUUAUCGAGGCCAUGGCCUGUGCAAAUGCCAUCCGGAACUGGCAAACGCUGCAGGCUUUGCGCCAAACCAGGAGUUCGGCGGAAAGCAGUGAGAACGACGACAAUGCGGACGAGGUUUCCCUGGCAUCUGGAACGGAUCAGGUUGGCGACUUUGAGCGCGUGCCGCUGACCAUCCAGAACAGGGAGUUCCACUACUAUCAGCUGUCACACAAAUUCGAGCUUGGGGAAAUGGCGACACUCUUCUUCAACGAAUUCGGACGCAUUAUGUUUUAUCUCUGCCUGAUAGUAUAUCUGUACGGCGACCUGAGCAUAUAUUCUGCCGCCGUGGCAAGAAGUCUGCGGGACGUUGUGUGUGACCACACCAAUGGAACAGAUGCGAACAAUUUAAUGUUAUGGCCGGGAGAUUUUAAGAACAACACAGCGCGACCCUGUUGGAGGGAACACACCAUAUCUCGGCUUAGCAUGUACAGAGUGUUUUUGAUCGGAUUCACCCUAAUAUUCGGUCCUUUUGCUGCUUUCAAUGUACAAAAAACCAAAUAUUUGCAGAUGCUAACCGCUGUCUUCCGUUGGUUGGCCUUUACGCUGAUGAUCUGUAUAUCGUUGAAGCUACUAAUUACUCAAGGUGCCAGGGGACACCCAGAAAGCUUUAAUGUGUAUGGUAUUCCGUCGCUUUUUGGCGCUUGUGUCUACUCCUUUAUGUGCCACCACUCCUUGCCCAGUCUGCUGGCACCACUCAAGCACAAGUCGAUGGUAUCGAAGAUUCUGUCUAUUGACUAUAUCGUCAUCUGUGCAUUUUACAUUUUACUAGCCAUGACAGGCAUAUUUGCCUUUGAGCGAAUCGAAGAUCUUUACACUUUGGACUUCCUCCCCUACGAUGUCACCUACAUAGACUUUUGGUCGGGUCUUUUAAUUUGCAUUGAUUACUUCCUUGCUCUCUUCCCCAUCUUUACUCUGUCGACCAGCUUCCCCAUCGUGGCCAUAACCCUGAAAAACAAUCUCCAAGCUCUGUUUCUAGACAUGUCCCAAUACGAGUCGUACAGCCUCCUCGUCCGCCUGAUUUUCCCUCUAUUCGCCAUCAUUCCGCCGUUCUGUAUUACAUAUUUCACCGAAAGUCUGUCCAGUUUAGUGGCUUUUACUGGUACGUAUGCUGGAACUGGAAUACAGUAUCUAAUCCCAAUUUUCCUGGUGUAUUUUGCAAGAAAAACGUGCUCGGAGCUUCUGGGAAGCGGCGUUGUAAAUCAGUUCCAAAGUCCCUUUAAGUCCAGUGCUUGGCUUGUUUUCGUUUUAAUUUGGUCCAUUUUAUGCGUCUGCCUUGUAUCUAUUAAUUUAUUUAGCUAAAGUAACUUAUUGCCCAACUAGCACAGGUAUUUUUACUUGUCUUAUCACGAAUCAAUUAUAGAUUUGUAGUUGUACAUAUAUUUUAAGAGAAGAAUUAAUUUUAAAAUGCGAAUUUUUUAGGAUUGUAAGUGAGUAUUGAAAUCGGCUGUGAAAAACAAAAAUAAAUUUCAAUAGCGUUAUUA